CUGACAUUUCAACCGUUACACUUGAAUGAUUUCGAAAUAAAAACAAACAAAAAACUACCCGCUAAAUUUUUUAAACGAUAUUUAAAAGUUGGUGGUGUAUUGGAGAAGUAAACAGAUAAUUUAUAACAAAAUUUUAGAAAGUAAUAUAGAAUUUGUUCAGUUCAUAAUAAUAAAAAAAUAUUUUGCCAUUUAAAAAUAUUAACGAAAUAAAUGCAAUUAUAAAAUGGAACCGCAUAAGGAAUUUAAAGAAAAUGUAGCUGAUUUAACUAAAAUACCGCCAAAUGAAUUUGAAAAAUAUUUCCAAAAUUGGAUGGAACGUGAUGAUGUCGCCCGAUCGCUGCAGGCUAAAUUGCGUAGUGAUCUUAUAAAGAAUUUCAAUAAAACAAAUUUGGGCAAACACAUUAUGUCACAUACCAUGACCUCCACCGGAGGUUCAACCAUGCGUUUAACCCUUUCACCUUUGGUAUUGGCUUUAAAUACUUUAGUAGCUGAAUUUCUUUAUGCACAAAAUUGUCAUUUUACCCUAUCCGUUUUCUGCACUGAAGUACCAUUUCGCAAUACAUUGCCCGAUUUUGAAAGCAUGCGAAGAUUUCGUUUCAAUAAUGAAGAAAUUGUGGAAAUAUGGCAAGCGGUAACAGGUUCUAAAGCCAGCAAAAGAGAUUUAAAUAAACAUAUUAUACAAAAUUAUGAAACCAACCAAAAUAUGUCCUUGCUUUUGCUCAUAAUAAAAUAUCUACUUAAAAGAGAAGCAGAGGAUCAUGUAAAAAGAAACGCUGAGGUGCAAACCGAUAAACAAGAGAAGGAAAAUAAAUCCAUUUCGGCUCAAGUUUCCGAUCAGGAAAAGAAAUCUGCCAAAGAUGAAAAUCUUCAACAUAUUAAUCAGUAUCUCUUAACCCUGUCCCAAAAAGUAGUUGAAAUGACUAGAGAGUUUGAACAAUUUUCCAAACAGCGGCAUGAGUCCAGAUCGCGCACUUUAAAAUCUGCACGAUCGCGAGAGUAUUACACCCUGAACAAAAGUUUAGAACGUAUAACGGAAAAUAUGAAAGCAAUGGCUCAGGCAAAACGUAAAAAUAAACGUUUAUCCAAUAUAGUAGAAUCUAUAGAUAAUUUGACACAACAAUUUGGUAAAUGUGCCCAAAAUUUCGAUAAUGUUACCAAAGUUUUAAGUAGUCGGGAGGAGGAGAAACCUAUAGAGGAAAAACCGAAACGGAAUAAAGUGAAAUUUAAAGAGAAGCAAACGGAAACAGAGUUACAAGAAAAAACCUAUGGCGAAUGGAUUCACGAAAUGCGUAAUACCGAAAAUGGUCAAAGAUUUUUAAAUAGGGUGGAAAUUUCUUUGCGUAAAGCUUUAACCAAACAUCGAGAACAGAUGCAAAGUGAAACGGAUAUUAAAAUGAAACAUUUAAAAAGUCUUAUGAGAUUGCAUUAUCAGCAAAAGCUAUCAAAGCACUUAUUGCAAGAUCCUAAAAUAAAUUUGGAAGAAACUCGCAGAUGUAAUGAUAACAUUGAAAAGAAAUUGCAACAGUUUGAAAAGAAACAAAUGGAAUUGUUGGAAAAGUUAAAAGAAUCUUCUUCAGAGUUACGAGAGGCGCAGCAGCAGCGAAAAGAUGAGAAAGCUAUAUCAACGGAAGAAGAGAAAAUCCAUGUAAAGGGAGAUACUCUUAAAUCCAUAUAUGUGCAAGGAACAGUUAGCUUAGAAAUUCCCCCAAAUAGUGAUAUAAGAUCAGAUAAUGUACAAGAAACUCCUAAACCAAUAGAAAAUAGAAAAGAAAGCAGUUUAUCAAAGCCCCAUUCUUUCAGUUAUGAGGAGUCACAAAAAUCCUUAGAGAGGGAUGUAACUAAAGAAGAUUUAGAGAUUAGCAAUACGAUACAAAAGACUGAAGAUCCCCCAAUAUUGUCUAAGCCUGAUCAUGAGACAGAAGAUCCGGUAUCCUUAUUAAAGGAUGUAUCAAAGACUCAGAAGGAAAUCGUAGAUAUGGCCAGGACAAUAGUAGAUCAAGGACGUUCUGUGGAUCAUAUAAUUAUGAUAUUACGCAUUCAACAAUUGGAAAAUGAAAGCAAUCAAUUGGAACAAAACUUUCAGUCUUAUUUGGAGCGACGCAAACGAGACCAAGACCAGGAAGGACAAAGCAGGAAGAACUAUCAAGAAAACGUUAGCAUACAAGAGAAUCAAAUUAUUAGUGCUAGAUUAUUCAAAGAUCACAAAAGGCCUCAUAAACUUGUAGACUACGUAGACGAAGAAAUCGAUGAAGAAUUUGAACGACUUAAGGAAACUCUGCGACAAGGUCAUGAACAAAUUGAAAAACCAAAAAGCUCCAAAAGUGAAAGUUCUACCUCCUCCCUGGAAGUGCGAAAUGCUAUACUCGAGGCUAAACUGAAAUUUUUCGAACAUGAGAAUACCAUACGAAAAUGUAGAGAACAGGGUGAAGAAAUACGUAAUGGAAAUUUAUUACAGAAGCAUUUGGAAAAAUAUCCGGAGAUAUAUGAAUUGCCGGAUUAUUUUAAUCAAAAUUUUGGUCAAGGUACAUCGGAAACUAAUAUUCAGUUUAGUGAAAAAGUUAAUGAUCACAAGGAGAGGAAACAAGAAAAUUUAAAAUCAAGUUUAUCGGAAAUUAAUAUUAAAGAUAAAACCUUAGAUGACGAUCAUGAUAUUGAGCUAAGUCCUAUGCUAAAUCCCGAGUCGCAAAAAAUGGAAGAUAAAGCUGCAGCAAGUGUAAGAAGGGAAUUGUUUCCCAAGCAUGAUGAAAAGGUGACAUUGGAAACUACUACACGAACUAAAGAUUUAGAACAUAACUUAAGAUACCAUGAACCUAUUCCUAUGUAUAGUAAAGAUUUGGAGAAAGCUUUAAAAGGUAAACUGGAUCUAAAGGAAAAGCCCAUACGUCAAACUGAUACUACCGCCCAAUUGAUCAAACAAUCUAUGGCGAAAAUGCAACAGCUCUUCGAGCAACAAUCUAAAUCUCAAGAUACUCUUAGAGAAAUGGUUAAUGAAAUAACUCAGGAAAGGGAUUUGCAGAGAGAAGAUAAAACCUUUACGAAUAAAUAUCAUUUACUUGAACGUCCUAGUGACGCUUUGGAUAAAAGUCUAACCACCACUGUAACUUCAACAAACACCGCUACUACAAUUACAACCCAAACUAGUGAAGAAAGGAAGGAGAGAAAUCAUCCACAAAUUCUGGAAAAUGUUGUAAAUUUAAAUCGUAUCUCAAAUACUUCAGCGCCUUCUAUGCUUAAUUUAUCUAGUGAAAGUGAGGACAGUUUCGAUUCCAAACAACUUGAAAUAGAAAUGACUGCCGAAACAAUUAAGGAAAUAGAUGAAGAAGAAUUAACGAAAAGGGAGACAAAAGAGAAAGAACAAAUUCCACUGGAACAUAAUGAACUGGGUCAGCUUUCAGAUUCUACGGAGACAAGUGAAUUACAUCCACUACCCUCUCCUAAUAAAAAAUAUCAUCAGACCGAUUCACAAUUACCACAGGAAUUUGGUCAAAUUGAUGAUUCUCCCAAAAUGGCAGAUUUAAAUUUAUAUAGUCCCGUUAAUGGCAAAGAAAUAGGCGAGAUAUUAACUGAAUCUAAUCGUACAUUUGCUCCAAUUGAUGUUGAAUUAGGUGAUAGUACUUCUACGCAUUCUAGUUCCGAUUUGGAAAUAUCUACUGGUGAUCAAAAUAAAAAUGCUAAAAAUCUGGCCGAUGAUAGUGAAAGUGAUUUUUGGGCUUAAAAUUCUUAAUUUUACUAAAUGUUUAGU